AUGCACGUUACACAUGCUGCACGGGAUGGGUGUCAAACUUUAAGCAAAACCAGCAGCAGCAACGCCGUCAACGACGAACAGGAAAACUGUCAAAGCGUACAGUUCGCCUACAAUCAGAGCGCCAAUAAAACGACAGCCAUUUGCCUUCAGAAGAAGCCAAGCAAUAACGACGCCAAUCGUGCUAAAAAUAGUGCAAACAACAGCAACAAAGUGUACAUCAAUAUUGCGCAACCCUGCAAGAGGACGAGCAGUGAGAGCUGCAGUGCACAGAAACAGCAGCAACCACUUGGCAUUUUACGUCACAACUGCUGUCACAUACACCAACGUCGGCGCAACGACAAUCAUCCACAUUUUGCGAUUGAUAACCUAGAAAGGCAUCGGCUAGCCGACAUCGACGCAAACAACGCAAGCGACGAGCAAAUCGACGACGCGGCAAGUUCCAAUUUGCGUCAACUUAUAGAGCAGCAGCGUGAACAGCCACACCGACUGCCACACUUAACACCCAUUUCGCCCGUGCACCUUACUUCCUGCCCCACUUCAUCCUCCUCUACAUCCCACAGUUCCUCUUCAACAUCCUGCAGUCAAUGCACUAUCGUCUUUAAGGCACUACCGCCCUUGCCGUACACAACAACAUCGUCGCAGAAUAUACGCGCCUCGUCAGCGUCAUCACCACCGCCAGUGCCGCCGAUACGUUCGUCAUCAUUAUCGCACUGUUGUCCUUUGUCGUCGUCGGUACAGUGGCAGUCAUAUCCGCGCGCUAUAUCACUGACGCUGUCGGUGUCGCCAGUCGCAAGUCAUGUUAGCAGCAGUCGUAGUUGUCCACGGCUCGCAACGACUCAGACAGCAGGUACGGCAAAAGCUUACACACAAUCGACAUUCACGACGUCGUCUUACAGCAACCGUGAACAGGUUGCGAAGAAGACGACAACGAAGACGAAGAUAGUGCCGAAGAAGAACACGAGGAAAACGCAAGGACCGCUAGCAAUUCUAGCAUUGGCAUAA